GGACGAACAUAUCACACAAGCAUCGAGAGUUGGAGCUCUUGCAUACCCACAUAUAGGCUUAGGAUCUUGUCGAGCUGCAUUCUCACUGUCUGUUCCAUCAACUCGAACAUGGCGUUGCAGAUGCCGGUAGUCUCCCAGCAUGACCUGGAUCAAGUUGCAACGAUGAUACUACGUCUGCAUGCUCCUGAGAAUGCUGGUAAUCCCGAGCUAGCCCAGGUAAUGCAGAAAGAGCUGCUAGCUGUGUUCGAAUCAGAACAGGCCUGGGGUCUGACUGAAGGCUUACUGGAACACCCAAGCGCUAUCGUCAGGUUCUCCGGCGCUCAAAACGCCCACAUCAAGAUCUCACGGUUCUGGGAAACGCUACCGCAGGACUUGCAACCCGUACUGCUUCAACAGACCUUGACCCUGACCAGUCGAGCGGCAUCGCCGGACUCGCCUUACCGGAACGAGAACAACAUCGUGCUCAGAAAACUCUUCAGUUCCCUAGCCAGCUUGAUCUUGCGUCUCACUCCUGAACAAUGGUCAAAUCCCUUACUUCAAGUGCUUACAACGUUGGCUGGUCAUCGGGUAUCUCGAGCUCUCAUCUUCGAGUGGCUGGAGAUCGCUAUCAGGGACAUACAGAGAGGAGCUCUUGUCGAGCCGAGAAAGUCAAGGCUGUCUUCAGCGAUAUCAAAGGAGGUCCCGCUCGUACUUAGCACAGUAGUGGAGACCUUGACCAGCCCGGCUCCGGAUCCAGCAGAGCUAGAAGCAGCCUUCAAGUGUUUGGAGGCUUAUAUCGAAUGGGGUUUGACAUCCGAGGAGAUAACGAAUCUCUUGCCGACUCUGCUUCAACUUCUAAACACGCCGCAUAUGCCUCAAGCUAUCGGAGUAUUGGUAGAGAUCUUGACUGGUUCUGUCUUCAAGGAUGGAAAGGCAACCAAAUUCACUACAGAACCCAUACUCGACUGGAUCAGCCAGCGAGGUAGCGCGAUCACAAAACAGGCCGCCGCAAAUGAGGAUCCGGACUCGGAAGAGGUCGUCAGCAUGACCAAGCUGGUAGACGCCUUGGUAGACCAUUCUUCUGACUGGAUGGCUCGCCGGACGACCGAUCCGAGGGUGCAGGCGUUUUUUGGCGUCAUGCUCGACCUCACGGGCUUCCCUGGGGUACCCGGCCGGGAUGAGAACAUUAGCGAGACAACACUGAACUCUUAUUCGACGAUACAAGAAUCGAUCAUGGAUCUUGGGGAGCCAGACUCGAGUGAGACAAUGGAAGUACAAAAUGUGUCGAAACAGUUCUUCCGGGAGAUUGUCUCGCGGAUACGGAACAAAGUCCGCUGGCCAGUGGAGUCUCUGAAUGCAGAGGAUCUGGCCGCUUUUGAAGUAUACCGGAGGGAUGCGGGCGAAGUCAUGAUAACGGCGUUUUAUGUCUUGCGGGAUGAUAUGUUGCGGGAUAUAUUACAUGUUCUGAUUGAUCAAUUGAAAGAAGGAUCGGGGGCAUCCUGGCAGGAAGUGGAGGCCACGCUACACUGCAUAAGAUUCGUUUCCGAAGCCGUCCCUAUUGGAGAGGAGACGACACUUCCCGUGGUCUUCAGCGCCGACGUGUUUUCACGCCUACCAACAGGAGAAGGCAAUCGGAUACCUCUGGCCGUGAUACGAAUGAUUCGCUCUUACGAAGAGUGGUUCAAGUAUCACAACGAUCACGUGGUGCUCGUGUUGGAAUACCUGGUGACCUCACUAGAUGACCGGUCAUUAGCACCAGAAGCCGCUUUGGCUCUCAAAUCCUUGUGCGAUAUCUGUAGGGGAAACCUGACGGCACACGUGGCUUCUUUCGGACAAUUACAUGGCAAGGUCGCGAGUAUGGGUCCGGAAGAACAGGUCAGGGUCACCGAAGCCAUUGCCAGUGUUUUGCAGGCAAUCCCCCCUGCAGAGGCUGUUGAUCCGAUUCUGACAAUAACUCAGCCCGUACUAAAUCGGCUGGAACAAUGUGUCCACGCGGUUACGCAGGCUCCUGACGCUGCCAAGACCAUCGCCAUGCAACAGCUCGAAACGCUAACGGCAUGCGCAAACGGUCUGACGCCUUCAGAUGAAGACAUGUUCGACCUCGAGCCCGAGGAGACGGCUUCGACUAGCCGAGCCCUGGAGACUUGCAGGCAGGACGAGCGAUUGGUCAAACUUCGCGAAGGGAUUCUCCAGACGGUUUCGAAAGUGAUCGAGAUCUGGGGUGCCGAUGUCGAGGUGGCUUCUGCCAUCAACGGAUUCAUGAAAGCAUCAACGGCGUCGCCGUCAACCCUUACACUCUUGUCAUUACCCAUCGCUCCUCUCCUCUAUCUUAUAUCGACGGCAGCGCAGCGGAAUUAUCUUUCCAUUUGGCCCAACACUGCCGCCACGUUGAUCUGGCGCAUGUCACCCAUGGUGGGGAUCCGACAGAAACUCGCCACACACCUCCACGGUUCGGCUGACCCGAUGGAAAGCGAAGAGCAGAGGGAGAAAGCGGCCAAGGAUGAGCUGGACGGAACAGUAGCUGGGACUUUAGCGGCCUUGACCUGGGCAACGGCGGAGAAGUUGAAAGAUUCCAGAAGCAUGCAAGAGAAUCCGGACAUUGCAGAGAGCUUCUUCAAGUUUGCAUCAGCUGUCAUCUCGAAAUACCCCGCAGCGUUCUUGAAGACUGCGCCGGAGAACCAGUCGGCGUGCAUGGGAAUGGCCAUCCUCGCCCUGAGCGCUACCGAACAGUUUACUCUUCGAGGUGCUAUCGAGUUUUUUGUCUCGAUGUUGAACACCUCGCGUCACGCCCCACAAGCUCUAGCGGAAGCCUACCUCCCUGUCAUCCAGGCUCACGGUCAAUCGAUUCUCUAUUCGUCGGUCUUGGGAGCGGCGCUGACGAGCCCUCGAUCGACCAUCCCAAAUUACGCCGAGUUGAUGGUCGCUUUGGUCCAGAGGGUACCUAAUGAGACGAGGGAUUGGUUGACGGGAAUGUUGCGGGAUCCUGGGUACCCUGGCGGUCAGGCAGACGAGGCGUCGAAGAAAAAGUUCCAAGAGACAAUGAUGCGAGCUCGAACGCCCAAACGCAUCCGCGAGGCCCUGAACGAUUUCGCGCUCGUCUGUCGUGGAUUAGCCGGAACUGCUUAUGGCAACGGAACAGUCAUGUAGACCCGAAGAAGAGAGUGAUGCUAUGAAGGAAGGUUUAUGCAUCGAAUUGAUGCAGCGGCGAUGUCUGAUGGGCUAUGGUCAAGGAGAUAAGGAUAAGGUUAUGCGCCACAGUGUGAUGGUAGGAAUAUUCACAGGUCGAUGAAGUCAGUGUAAGUCAGUCAAGGCAGAAGGACGAGGUUGGAAACCAGAUCGGUCGAUAUGAAACGAUACAAGCUGCAAGCC